AGGGCCCAGUUAACCGACUUGGUUACAGACAGCAGGCCGGCUCAAACAGAUGCUAGCCCGAAUCCAUGGCCCAAAACGCGGCCCUUCUCCCUCCGGGUCUCCAUCUUUGCCCACCCUGUAGUAUAAAAAAUCAGACUAGGGUUUGGCAAAGCAGAGACUUCGUUGUUUUCCUUCCUUCGGCAGCCGCAAGAAGACGAUUGAAGGAAAUGGCUCCCGCUGCGAAGAGUGGAUUGGCCGUCGGUCUGAACAAGGGCCACAUCGUUACCAAGCGCGAUUUGCCGCCCCGUCCAUCCGACAGAAAAGGGAAAACCAGCAAGAGGGUUCAUUUGGUGAGGAACCUUAUCAGGGAGGUCGCUGGAUUUGCUCCUUACGAGAAGAGGAUCACUGAACUUUUGAAGGUCGGCAAGGACAAGAGAGCGUUGAAGCUGGCCAAGAGAAAGCUCGGAACCCACAAGAGGGCCAAGAAGAAGAGAGAGGAGAUGUCCACCGCACUCCGCAAGAUGAGGUCUGGAGGAGCAGGCGAGAAGAAGAAGUGAACAGAUGGAUGAGCCUGCUGCGGUUUUGUCUGUGUUUUGCUUUUUAAGUUUUGAAAAUGUUGUUCCAGUGAAGAAUAGUUUUAGUUAUAUGGUUUUGAUAGCCGACAGUAGAACUAUGUAAUGCAAUGCCAGUCGGUAUUUGGAGACCAUGGGGAUUCUUGUUCUGCAGGAUGGAUGAAUGAAUGUUGUUUUUUAUGUUUUUUGCUGAUGAUCUAUUUUGUUCCCUAGUUUUCACCUUGGAUCAUAAGCAUCCUUGUUAUCAAUCUGGAGAUGUUAAUGUUAGUGCGUGACGGUGUUCGUAAAUUUGAUAAUGUGAUGCAUCUUUUUGUGGUAAGGUGACUAUUGUUCUU